AUGAAAAGUAAUCUAGGUUACUAUGUUUUGACCAGAUUCCGCCCCUUGAUUGAUUAGAAAGUAACGUCGGACAUAUCGCGCUCGAAACGAAGAAAUGGAUAAUAGUUACUACUACUGACAUCUCUUACACCCUCCAAAAAUCCCUCUUUUCAACUAUUGACACUUUUGUGACCCAGGAAAUUGUGUGACCACUCCAAAAAAAAAAAGUUAAAAAUCCGUUUUGUUUGUUUGUGAGGUGACACGACGGUCAGUCGGCACGAUCUGUUUGAGAAAAAGAAAAACGGGAGCGGGCGGUGGCAAAAAUUGGACAAAAUUUGGUGUUUUAUCUUAACUUUUGCCCGCGUUUGCCGUCAUUUUAAUGAUAUAACGAUAGCUUUGCUCAAAAUCCUUAUAACUUGAGAAUGAAGCAUUUUUAGACGAAAUGAUCAAAUGCAAAGUUGUUGAGCAGACAAUUUGCAACAAUUUUGCAGUUGACAACAUUUUUAGAUAUUCAUUUGUUUUUGAGAUAUAGGCCUACAAAGAUAAGUGAGUUUUGAGACAAAUUGAUGGAAAACAAGGUUUAUAAAUCGGCUUAUAACUUGAGAAUCUUACGUUUUUAGAUAAAACUGUCAACUUAAAAAUUGUUGAGCACAAAAUUUCCAAUAUUUUUGCAGUUGACAAGUUUUUGAGAAAGUCAAUAGUUCGUGAGAUACAGGCCGUCAAAGAUAACGUUUGUAGUAUUGUAGGCUUGUUCAUUCAUCAGCUCAUAACUUGAGAAUAAAGCCUUUUCAGACAAAACUCUUAAUACAAAAGUUGUUAAGAAUAAAAUUUCCAACACUUUUCUAGUUGACAACUUUUUGAAACAUACAAUAGUUCACGAGAUACAAGCGUUCAAAGUUCACUAAUAUUGUCCGAUUCUCAAAACCACCGUACCCCCCAUCCUAACACCCGUUUUCCGGCCAAAAGUGUACAAUUGUGCCGUCAAUUCGCGCUCCAAACCGUUCUUAUCUAAUCCAAACCCAUUUUCAUUUGCGCUCUCCUCGUCGUUCGUUAUCUAUUUUCACAUUUUCCCAGACAUACACUCCUUUCAUUCCACUUUUCUGCGCCCUGAUCAACUGGUCGCUUUUAGUACCCUUUUUACAGUGAAAUCGGCGGGUUACUGUAGCCGUUUUAUCCCCUCUCCAAUUCUUGUUUGUUUGUAAUCGUCGCCUUCUUCCACUUUUUUUGUGAUCGUUGUCAGUCAGUCACAAGAAGAAGAAGAAGAAGAAGAAGAAGAAGAAGAAGAAGAAGAAGAAGAGAGAGUGUUAUCGAUUUGGUCCCCCUUCUUCUUCUUCUUCUUCUUCUUCUUCUGAUAACGUGUCUUUGCCGUCCGUCAGCCCCUACACGCCCUCAAUUAGAAGAACAGAUAUUGUCGCAUUGAUUCGUCGCGUCGUUUUCAGUUUUCAAUCGAUCGAUAGCUGAAAGAGGUGAGCUGUGGCCUAACUUUACAGACGGAGAAACCUAGGCCACGUUUUCCACUAACUAAUGGCCUAACUUUACCGUUUGGGAAAACCUAGGCCAUGAUUUUUACUGUCCUUCUCGAAAACAGCUUGACACUGGUUGGUGGCCUAACUUUCACAUCGCCAGCUAAAGCUAGGCCACGACGUGAUGGCCUAGAAACCUCCUAGGCCAUCUCUCCGCCGCCGUCACAAUAUAUUUACAAUCUUAUCUGUCUCGACUCGACCACGAACAGCACUAAAAGUACAUAUUUACGUGUGGCUCUCUCUCUCCGAAACGCGCUCACACUGUGACUUAUCGUAUCAGGGUCUUGGCAAGUACCCCCCCAAACGAACCAAGCACCCGACUGUCCAAACACCCCCCUUCUUCUUCUUCUUCUUCUUCCGCAAUCAUCAUUUUUUUAUGAGCCCCCCAUCCCCAUUCUAUUGUCGCGGUGGUCAUUCUCUGUUUGUUCGCUUUUGGCUUCUUUUGAGAAAUUUAUAAUAUUUUUAUGUUUUUUUUUCAGGUCGGGUCGGGCACCACCUUCCACCAAUCAUGCCACGUUUCAGUUCAUCGUCACACAAACGGUAUGGAUCGAAUUUUCGAUCAAUUUGGCUCGGACAAAAUGCAAUUUUCCCUCUUGAAAUUCGAACCACGCGACCCCUCGCUUAUCAGUCCAAAACACAACCACUGCGCCACGCGCACCACUAUCAGAUGCUGCGCGUCAGGGCGGUGAUAAGAGCGGUGGCGCGCGUGUCACUCGAAGUCUCAUCGGUCCGUGGGGGACCAUUUUAAUCCCGCAAUUACACCUUUUCCGCCCGCGAUUUUCGCCAUCUCUCGCGCUAAUCCGAAUCUGCGAGAGCCCGGCGGAAAUGCGGAUGAAGCCUGCUCAUUAGAAACGAGGAAAGGGGGGAGGGGUGUGUGGAGCCGCGAGGAGAGAUUAAAACGGAAUUGGAAUUGGAAUUCAGGGACAAGGUGUGUGUGCGUGAGCUCAACUAAUCAUCUGGCAGCAACGGAGCACUGACUUAUUCAUAAGAAGUUGAUGGGAGUGGCCGAAGAAUCCAAAAAAGUGAAAAGUUAGGCCACCGCCUAGAAUUCUGGCCUAGAAUUGCGGUUUGAGAAAGUUAGGCCAUCCCGCUAGACCUCAACGAUCAACUGUAUCAUCCACGCAAACCUUAGACGCUUCAAAAAGAGCAUAUAAAUAUUGUAGGAUUCCAAAAACACACCUCAUUCGCAUUGCCCCCCAAAAAGCCAUAAGACCCCCCUUCUCUUCCCAUAUUAUCAAUCUCGCUCGCAUUGCAGACACGUCUCGAAUUGUCGUCUUCUCGCCCAACAGCAGCAGCAGCAGCGGCACCAUGGCAACCGAAAGCUGCCUCGACAGGCUCCGCCCACUUUUGCCGCCGCCGUCGCCGUCGACGAGCCUCGGGCUCAACAGCCGCCAACUCUUUCGUCUCCGCCACUCGCACCGUCCGUCUUCUCACGCGUUCAAAUGGUUGGUUGGGUUGCAAAGUGUCCGCCGGCCAGCAGUUGCAAACUGUCCCGAUUUCAGUCGUCGUCGGCGCAUCGUCGUCGUCACUCGUUCGAAGAUUUCGCCACGUUGGACUCGGUCAUCGCCGAAAUGGUGCAGAAUAUCAGCGAAAUGACGCAAGAAUUGCAGAAUGUUGGCACGUGAGUACGCGACAAUAUCUGCUUGUUCAUUUCGUUGUUUUGCUUGCAGCGGACGGCCGUGCACGUCAACCUCGUCCAUCGAACAGUCGGUCUUUUUGUCGGCCACCUUCGAGACGAUUCAACCGAUGAUGGCGGCGUUGCACGAGAAGGUUCAGCACGGAUUGGAGGUAAAUAUUGUCGAAGCCAAGCGUUAUUAUCCAUCUUUGUGUCUUUGGGCUCGCGCUUUCACUUUCACUUUCUCUUUCUCUUUCUCUCCCCCUUCCUUGUCCCUAACAGCAAAUAUCAUAAAGAACAGAAGAGGGAGGCGAUGAAUCAUUAUUGUAUGUGUGCACUUUUGUGGGUAUUUGAAAGGUACGCGCCGGCACACGACGACCAUUUGAAUACGAAAUGGACGCAGUUGAUUGUGGGAAAAAAAUGGGGAGAAGAGAGAGCCGCGCCAAGCUGACUUUAAACCCACGUAUCUCGGUCCAUUUUUGAGAUUUUUUCAAUGUUAAAAAAUAAAUCGAAAGAAAAUUUAAUGGUCUACAACUUUUCAGUUGAUUGCUUUUCAUGAUUUUGAGAAUGAGCAUAGAUAUUUUGAGUUGACUAGAGCGCCAAAGUGAUAGCUUUUCCUUAACUUUAAACCCACGUAUCUCGGUAAAUUUUUGAGAUUUUUUCAAUUUUAAAAAAUAAAUCGAAAGGAAAUUUAAUGGUCUACAACUGUUCAGUUGAGUGCUUUUCAUGAUUUUAAGAAUGAGCCCAGAUAUUUUGAGUUUAUUAGAGCGCCAAAGUGAUAGCUUUUCCUUAACUUUAAACCCACGUAUCUUGGUCAAUUUUUGAGAUUUUUUUAAUGUUAAAAAAUGCAUCGAAAGACAAUUUUAUGCUCUACAACUCUUCCGUUGAUUGCUUUUCAUGAUUUUAAGAGUGAGCCCAGAUAUUUUGAGUUUACUAGAGCGCCAAAGUGAUAGCUUUUCCUUAACUUUAAACCCACGUAUCUUGGUCAAUUUUCGAGAUUUUUCCAAUGUUAAAAAAUAAAUCGAAAGACAAUUUUAUGCUCUACAACUCUUCCGUUGAUUGCUUUUCAUGAUUUUAAGAAUGAACCCAGAAAUUUUCAAUUUAUUAGAGCGCGUUCGGUUUUAGUUGAAGGCAAUGGCAAAAAUGGUCAUAAUUUAGUCAAUUUUCAACAUUUUCAGACGUUCUAAAAGCCAUUCAACUUGAAAUUUGCAGCUGUUUCGUCCUCCACCAUGCCCCAGUGCGUCGUUACUCGCCGCCACAGCCGAAAAGCUCGAAGAGUGCGGGGAAUCGUCGCUGAAACAGAAACUGAGCGCCGAAUCGCCGGAAAACCGAUCGUGGCCGUCGAUGAACGCGAUCUUCCGCUGCUUUUCGUUGACCGACCGUCAAGUCAUGGGCUAUUUGAGACAUUUAAAGUCGCAAACGCCGUCGGCGAUGCCGAUUUUCCCCCGCCACCUCGACACGACCAACACGUUUAUUGUGCUCGGCGAGCACGGCGCCUACUUUUUCGCCCGCGACUUUUUGUGCCGCGCCCCAAUGCCCAACGGCGCACAGCAACGCCGGGCAGCGCCGGCGGCGGCGGCGGCGGACAACGAGAUCAGCGGCGGAUCGGACGUUUUUUGGUACGAGGCCUCCGACACCGAUGACGAGUCUUCUUGA